UUAUGACUUAUGACAGCAAUUAAGUCGUUUUACUCGCGCACACAUCCAUGAGCACACGUGCUCUAUUGCUCUCAUUCUCACGUUGAUAUUACUCGUCUUUGAUGGACUUCUUGUCGAAAUUGUGACUGGCAAAUAUUUGCACGAUAUCACACACAUUUUAUAAUUGUAUGUUUGACAAUAUAAUAGUUUUUUUGACAGUCCGGUUAAGACGGCUCUUUCAAUUGUCUUCUCCCUGCCCCACCCCCGUUCUCCGUGCUUGCGAGCUGUCGCAUCGGUGUUGUUAUUUCUGCCUUCAAGAACGCUAAAGUUGUCCAUGGACCACACACCCUCCUCGCAGUCGCCGAGCCGGCCACAUCGAUCGCCAAUGCGCAUAACAUUACAGCCCCCGACUACAGCAACCACGCGCGCGCACGCCCGUUCACACAACGGCCACGACAACAUCCACUGCGGCACGAGGCGUUGACGUCACAGCCACGUAGAUCUUCCGAACGAAUGGCACCAGAGGCAUAAGGAAAAAAAAAACCAAACCCACCCUGCUGGCAGUGGCUUCCAUUCCCAGGACAGGAAACAAGCUGCGUGCAUCAGUAAGCCAUUGAUGUGGACGACACAGUUUCCUCUAUCAUUGGUGCGUAUCUUCGUAUCAGGGUGUUUGCAUCUCGCUGUCCUCUACUCAGCGGUGAGAAAGCUAGUCUGAUGACGACGACAACUACAACGCAGGGCCUCUAGGAAGGUCGCAACAGCCGUUGGUAGGUAACUACGGGCAACGGGGCGAAUUGAUUGAGCAGUGUAAAUGCAUGCAUGGCAUAUGAGGUAUCGAAAUGAAAGACAAGCGCUUGAUUUGAAAAACAAGUGACGCACCUCUCAAGACGAAUCAAUCGUCAGGUUAAGGUAGAAAUCGGGCGAAUGUUGCAGACCAAACAGAGCUUGAAAAUGCAGCUUCGUUCGGAUCGCAUGCUACUGCAGUAUCGAUGCAUCAAGUGAGCCGCACCAUCGUGCCAGCAAGAGUGAACGCCGUGCAUAUCGGUCUGUUAUGCAUGUGGGCGUUGCCAAUUUUUUUUUUUUUUUUUCAUCGCUGUGUUAGGCGAUGUAACCGACCCUGAGCUGCGACAUCAUUUUUUGGGAUAGUCGCGCAUUUCUUUCACAUCACAGGUCAGGUUGGGGACAGAGCGCCAUCUCGGCGAGGUAAGACCAUGGGUAAUCGAUUUAUAUAUACAUAGUGCGAUACUGCAUCUAUCUGUGGCGGACAUGUUGCGAUUGUGAAAGUACGAGGCUGAUUUUCUAACCCCCGUCAUGUUUGCGAAGCGUGACGACACCAGACUUCGUCCUAGGACGUCUCCAACUCCGAGUCGACGGGUGGUAACGGACCGCCGCAACCCUUACUCUAUCGAUGACGAGGACGAGGUAGGCUUGACCCCGAGUCUCCGACUGAAAGCAAGAGAUGCCUCUCCCGGCAGUCACGGACGAAUUUCCACGUCGGCACCGAACGGGAGCACGUCACCAUAUUUGAGCAGACGCUAUCGCGAUGCGCGCGCACAACCGAACCACCCAGACAACAGCGCGAGUGGCUUUACUUCCGGUAAGGGCAAAACCUUCCAAGAACCAUUCCAGGAGAGAGGACGAAUGCUGUCCUCAUGUCCCGACCACGCCAACGAGAAACGCAUGGCAAGGCAGGAAGACCCAGGUCCUUCCCCGAAGAGCAAGUGUCUCGACACCUGUCGCCGAACGUAGGGUACAGCCGAUAUUACGGUGGGUCGAGUCCCAACACUCGCGAUCUGUCGCCUGGCGAGUAUCACAGGUCCUCUGUGGGUAAGAUGCCAAGUUCUCUGAGCGGUGGGGAUAUUUCCCCGGGCAGCGACGAAGGGUCCUCUACCGUCACACUGACGUCUGCGUCUUUGAUGGCGAAACAGAUCACAGCUUCAGGCAUGGAAGGCAGCUUCACUUCUGAUGAUGGCCACACCUGGCACACGGCGCUCACCUGCUACCUGUGUGGUCAGCUCUUUCGCCGUCCACGGAUAUUGCCCUGUGGUCACACCUUCUGCAGUGAGUGCCUGGCGCAAUUGAAGGAGGAGACUAUGCGGGAAGGUCGGCGCGUGCCUGCGUCAGCCUGCACGUGGGAAGGGCGCCAGAAGGCCGAUAUCGGCAGUCAGUUCGUGUGCCCCAUGCCCGAGUGUCGCUACUCCAUGCGCCUGAUGAACCUCGGCCGAUGGUCCACGCGCAACAAGACUGUCAGUGAUGCUGUGACUGCUUACAGGAAAAUCUUUGAAAAUAGACAGGACGCCUGCACUCAGACGGACAUCACGAUGGAGUCGAUGCUGGUGACGAUCCCUCGGUCACUGCUAGAGGAGCCGCUCCCAGUCGGCAGCGAGGGUACCAUGAUGCGGCUCAGCUCGUCUUCACUGGUAGACCGCAUGGUGCACCGCGCGCUCAGCAUGGACAGCCUGAACAGGAACUACAUCCCCCAGCAGCACGCGUCCUGGCGCUCCUACGUCGCCAUGUUGGGCAUGCACAUCCUGCAGCAGGUGAUUCACACCUGAAACCUCACCUUCAGCCUCCUUCCUUUUGUUCGCGAGCGGUCGCCGCCGAAAGCGAGCGCUAACAGUGUGACCACGAACUCGUAUUAUUCCUCCGUGGUGUGACUGUAGGCGUUCGCUGCGGUACUGACUCAAAUGACAGAGACCCUGAGACCUUAGAAGAGACCUGAGUCGAUGCUGGUGACGACCAUCUCCCUCCCGCACAUCCCUGUCUGCAGUACCGGCGCAGAUGACAGACACUGUGAGACCUAAAGAAGUGAAAACUGAUUUCAAGGUGUAUCAGACUAUUCUGAACAGACAACAUAAAUUCCUGGUUGAUUAAAACAUUUUUCCUAGCCUUGCUUUCCUUGUGCGUGUAGGUUGAGACGAGACUUGUAGCAGCUGUAGCGAUUUCUGUAGAUUCUGAAGACAAGUCAACACUGAAGGCGUAUGCACGUUGGAGAGCUACAGGACGACCGCGGAACUUCUUGUUGAUGAAGUUAGGCGACAAGCCAGCAAGCGCGCAUCUUUCGUCCGUCAUAGAGUUAAAAGUCUACUGGAAGAGCAGUCAAUGAUCAGAGUGAACAGACCAGGUGGACGACAACAUUUUACCAUCCUCAUUGUCACAUGCCUGAAAGACCAAAGCUCAUGCCUUUGCAUAAAAUUUCGUUUCUUUGUCACGAUUUCACUAUGACAGCCACUAAAUACCCUUUUUUCUUAUAUUUUAAAAUUAUAUUGUGCAACAGUCACAUAUUAAUACGUGUUCUAAACAAUUUGGCAUGCUAAUAUCUUACAAGUGCAAUUUACUGCUAUUUUUUUUAUCCUUGGCCGUUGCUAAAAUUUCUGUUUGUCUAACAUCUGAUUUUAGUGUCAGCAUGAAAAUGUGCAUGAGUAAUAUAUAUAUAUGGUAAGAAAUUUGCGUUUUUCCCUUUCAGUGUGCAGUUGGUUUUCAUUCAUCGCACUGUUAGUUGAGUGAUCACAACUGAUAACAGUUCAAGAUUAUUUAAGUAGUCGUCUAUUAUUUUUUAACCAUGUAGAAUCUAGAUGCCGUCGCGUUUAAUUAUCGCCUUCAUUGUUUGUCGUCCCCAUUGCUGUGUUAUUUUUGACCUUUCUUCUCAAGAUUUAGGUGUUGUGUCCCCUAAAUUCUUUACAUAGUACUAUACAUGCCUAAUAUGUACUAUAUAAAUAUAUCAGAUCGCGUUAUAGUAUAAAGUGUGGAUGAAAGCAUCAACUUGGUACGUGUCUGACAUGUGCGAAAGGAGAGAAACAGUAUACUCACAUAUGUCAGAGGCUUGAAUGUAUCGGACCUACCCCGUGAAACUAUAAGUAUCUAUUCUAGAUUCCGGAGAAUGCUUAGAAUCUCAGGUAUAUGUGGCCAUAGAAAUUUCUAGAAGCUUGAUGCACGUAUGCUGAUCCUGCUUCAUAUUUUAUGAUUUAUAUCGUCAAGAAUAAUUUUAAAAUGCAAAUGUCAGAUUUAUUAUUACUUGUUAUUUACACACAUCAUUUUUAUACUUUGUGUUCCAAUUUUCUUUUGGGAAGGGGCGGGUAGGAGAAUGCUUUUACGUACAUGUAUUGAAAAGCAUUGUUUGCAUAAUGACAUUUUUUUGUCUUCUCAAAUACAGAUUUCUAAAGCCAGUAAUUCUGUGUUGUAUUCAUGGAUAUUUCGCUUCAUUUCUUCACUAGAAAACAGGCAGAUGGAGUAAAAGCGACUCA